AUGUUCCGGACUGCCAUCAUGAUGGCUGCCAGCCUGGCCUUAACCUCCGCCGUGAUAGCUCACGCCUAUUACCUGAAGCACCAGUUCUACCCCACCGUGGUGUACCUUACCAAGUCGAGUCCCAGCAUGGCGGUCCUGUACAUUCAGGCUUUUGUCUUGGUAUUCCUGCUCGGCAAAUUUAUGGGCAAAGUGUUUUUCGGACAACUCCGAGCGGCAGAAAUGGAGCAUCUGCUGGAGCGCUCGUGGUACGCCGUGACCGAGACCUGCCUGGCCUUUACCGUCUUCAGGGAUGACUUCAGUCCUCGUUUUGUGGCUCUCUUCACCCUCCUCCUCUUCCUCAAGUGCUUCCAUUGGCUGGCUGAAGACCGGGUGGACUUUAUGGAGAGAAGUCCCAACAUAUCUUGGUUGUUCCAUUUCCGCAUUGUCUCUCUCAUGGUGCUUCUGGCCAUCCUAGAUUUCCUGUUUGUCAGCCACGCUUACCACAGCAUCCUGACCCGGGGGGCUUCCGUCCAGCUGGUCUUUGGCUUUGAGUACGCCAUCCUCAUGACGAUGGUGCUGACGGUCUUCAUCAAAUACCUUCUGCAUUCCAUCGACCUCCAGAGUGAAAACCCCUGGGACAACAAGGCCGUCUUCAUGCUCUAUACAGAACUCUUCACGGGUUUCAUCAAGGUCCUUCUGUACAUGGCCUUCAUGACCAUUAUGAUCAAAGUGCACACCUUCCCUCUUUUCGCCAUCCGGCCUAUGUACCUGGCAAUGAGGCAGUUCAAAAAGGCGGUCACGGAUGCGAUCAUGUCUCGCCGAGCGAUCCGCAACAUGAACACGCUGUACCCCGAUGCCACCCCAGAAGAACUGCAGGCCAUGGACAAUGUAUGCAUCAUCUGCCGGGAAGAGAUGGUGAUGGGUGCGAAACGUCUGCCGUGCAAUCACAUAUUCCAUACCAGCUGCCUCCGAUCCUGGUUUCAGCGCCAGCAGACCUGCCCCACCUGCCGGAUGGACGUCCUGCGCGCCUCCCUGCCCACCCAGUCGCAGCCGCCCCCCGAGCAGCCGGAAGGAGGGCAGCAUCCGCCCCCCCACCAGGCCCCCUUGAUGCCUCAGGCGCCCAACUUCCCCCAAGGCCUCCUGCCUCCGUUUCCUCCCGGGAUGUUCCCUUUGUGGCCCCCCAUGGCUCCCUUUCCUCCGGUGCCGGGCGUCCAGCCCCCCAACAAUGCCGACGGUGCCUCCGCGGGGCCCCCGCCAGGAUCCCAAGGGGCAGGCACCGCCAGGCCCACGGGGGAUUCGGCCAGCACGUCGGACACCGCCACCACCGCAGGGACCGUGCCGGGUUUCCCCUUCCCUCCCCCUUGGAUGGGGAUGCCGUUCCCCCCUCUCUUUGGGUUCCCUCCGAUGCCCGUUCCCCCCUCGGGGUUUUCCGGGCUGACGGAAGAGGAGCUGCGGGCCAUGGAAGGCCACGAACGGCAACACUUGGAGGCCCGGCUGCAGUGCCUGCAGAACAUCCACACCCUCCUGGACGCGGCCAUGCUCCAGAUCAACCAGUAUCUCACUGUGCUGUCUACGAUUGGGAUGCCUCGAGCUGCUCCAGCGCCCCCUAGUGCUUCGGCCCCUCCAAUGGCCCCUCCUGAGACCCCGACUAGCCCUGAAUCGAAUUCCAGUGAAGCCACCACCUCCACCUCCCAGCCGGCGGACAGCACCUCUUCACCAGAUACGUCCCCAGACAAAGCAGAGGGAUCCACGCAGCCCUCCAGCCACGACGGGGACCCCUCCUCCCCGGAAGAGCCCAACGCAGCUGAGCUGCGGAGACGCCGACUUCAAAAACUAGAACUGCCUCCUCCUGCCUCUCAUUGAACGAGCUGUGCUCCCUGCGCUGACCUGAUGGACUUUUUUUCUCCCCCCACCCCUUCUCUUUCCCCCACUGCCCCAAAUAAAAUGGAAAAAACAACAACAAUGGAUUUAAGAAGACCCAAGCCCCCCCCUUCCCCCUCCUCCUCCUCCUCCUCGUGGCAGCAAUCAGAAAUCAGCGGUGGCCUAAAGAAGAAAAAAGCCAGAUGUCUUAACUCGGGCCCGCCAAACGCUGAUACGACCAGUUCCGCAGGACUUUCAGUGGUGGGGACAACAGGCCAUGGUUUAACCCUGGCUUACGCCAUGCAGAGGAAACAGCCGUGUCUUCUAUAAUAGCGGAGAGCGCGCAAGACUUAACCCUGUUGCACCAGGCUAGCAGCUGCCCAUGGUUUCAGACCGGACGGAGCGUGAGCCAAAAACCAGGGUUGGAGGACGAAGGCCUCUGUCUCAUUUGGGGGGAAAGAGAGAGAGGAGAGUGUGUGUGUGUGUGUGAGAGAGAGAGAGAGGCACUGUUUAAAAACCGAGUUGGUUCUUAGCUUUGAGAAUUUCUCUUCACUUUGACAAGGGUAGAGUUUUUUUCUACACCAUAUUUUUGUCCUUUCGAUUUUUCCCCUUCCCUAGGCUGGACAUGAGCUUGUGUGUGUGUGUGUGUGUCUGCGCACACCUGAGUGCGUGGCACACCCGUCAUGUUUUUGGCUGGUCCUUCCUAAGGAAAGCAAGAAAAUGGUCCUUUUUUGCAAGGAUAUGAACGAGCGGAACGGAGAAUUUCUAUUUUUGUAAGGGGUCGGGUGGGCGGGUGGGAUAGACCAGCGGACGUCUCUCUGGAUCGCUUUUGUCUUGCAAAAGUUUUCAGUCCUGCCCCCCUUCCUGGCUCCUGGCUCCUGUGCAGCCAGCCUGGGGAGGGGUGAGGAAUAUUGGGGGGGGGGAACAAGGGGGCGUUGCACAGCUUUCUUUGAAUGAAUGAACAAAUGGCCCGGUAAGAUGGAAGCCUCUUUCUCUCUCUAUGGAGCUAAGCAGAUUUGCACCACAGUAAAACCUGUGACUUGAAUCAAUCUCCCGUGCUUCGUUCUUUGGCUUGCUCUCUCUUUC